CAGAUCCCUGCAAGACAGGGGACCAGACAGAGGAAAAAACAAGAGGUAUAACAGGGGCUUUCCCAUGCCCUCUCUCUGACCCCACUUCCUUUAGUUCUCUGGCUGCCUCUGCACAUCACAGACGAAAUGUUGCCUUGCAUGGGCCUCCCCAGCCUGUCCUGGAUGCUGAUCUCCUGCCUGAUACUCCUGGCUCAGGUCCAAGGGGAAGAUCCCCAGAAGGAACUGCCCUCUGAACGGAUCAGCUGCCCCAAAGGCUCCAUGUCCUAUGCGUCCUACUGCUACGCCUUGUUCACAACACCUAAAACCUGGAUGGAUGCAGAUAUGGCCUGCCAGAAGAGGUCCUCAGGACACCUUGUGUCUGUGCUCAGUGGGGCUGAGGGCUCCUUCGUGGCCUCCCUGGUCAAGAACAAUUUGAAGACCACCUCAGAUGUUUGGAUUGGGCUCUAUGACCCCACAGAGGGUUCUGAGCCCAAUGCCAGUGGAUGGGAGUGGAGUAGCACUGAUGUGCUCAAUUACGUUGCCUGGGAGACAAAUCCUUCCAUCCUCUCAAACCCUGGCUACUGUGGGAGCCUGUCAAGAAGCUCAGGAUAUCUGAAAUGGAAAGAUUAUAACUGUUAUGUGAGCUUACCCUAUGUCUGCAAGUUCAAGGAUUAGGUCAGAUGGGAAGUCAGCAGCCUAAGUCUGGUGUGCAGCUCAUCAUGGACUUGGAACCAAGUGUGAAGACCCAUCCCCGAAUUGGAUAUUCUCCCCA